AUGAAUUUAACAAAAAUAUUUUUGCGAUUUUAUCCACCAGGUAUUGCCUUAAAUUAUCAAACAAAUGAAGGAGAAGAAUAUUUACAACAUAUAGACUUAUUGGAUUUGAAUAUAAAUUCCAAACCAGCUGAUAUCGCACGUAGCAUUUUAUAUGGAGACCAUAAUAAAAAUCAACAACUACAACAACUAACAGAAAUAUGUGAGGAGUCAACUAAACGGAAUAUAUUACAGACAAACUCAACUUUAUCAUCAUCAAACACGACAUCUGACAUCCCAGUCGAAGCAUCAGUAGUAACAAUAAAAAACAAUAUUGCUGAUAAUAAUAAAAAUGGAUAUAUUAACAAUGACAAUGUCAAUAACAUCUUAAGAAAAGCAAUCGCUAAGCUGCAACGUAAACUGCAGGAACCAACAAAAAAGAAAUUCUAUCUGCACACGCGCCUAGAGACACACAUCCUGCCACUUACAAAUGUAGCCUUCGAUAGAAGUGGUGAACAUUGUCUGACCGGAAGCUAUGAUAGAACUUGUCGCAUCAUCAACACGCACAAUGGCACCGAAGAACAUGUGCUUGGGGAGCAUGAUAAUGUUGUUUUCGCAGUUGCCUACAAUUUUCCUAAAUGUGAUCGCGUAGCUACUGGUUCCUUUGACACCACCGUUAAAAUCUGGUGUUCAUCAUCGGGUUUAUGUCGCAGCACACUAAUUGGACACAAUGCUGAAGUAGUAUCGGUACAAUUUCAGCCUAUAAAUGGCGAAACAGUUUGUACCUCAUCAAUGGAUGGUACAGCUCGAAUUUUUCACAUUGAGUCAGCACAAGAAUUACAUAUAUUAAGGCAUCAUGGUGCCGAAGUUAUAAAUAGUCAAUUCAGCAGAGAUGGUAAUCUACUGUUAAUGGGAUCAUUUGAUCGAACAGCUUCCAUAUGGGAUAUAAGAUCGAAAAGUUUAGUAGCUCAGCUUCGUGGUCAUACGGCAGAACUUAGUUCUUGUUUGUGGAAUUUUUCUUGCGACUUAAUUGCUACUGGUUCUUUAGACAGCACAGCUUGUGUUUGGGACUUAAGGAAAUCAACCGAAUCUUUAUUUACUAUUAAAGACCAUACAGAUGAAGUAUUGGAUGUAACUUUUGAUAGUACGGGCCGUCGUUUGGCUACCGCUAGCAAUGAUUGCACCGCACGUGUUUGGAGUUUAAAAGGUGAUUUAGAAUUGUUAUCGGUUAUGAUGGGACAUACAGAGGAGGUGUCAAAGGUGUGUUUUAGUCCUCCUGGUGGCCUAUUGUUAACCGCAUCAGCUGAUCAUACUGCACGCUUAUGGCUAACUGAUUCUGGUUUAUGUUCUCAAGUUUUAGCCGGUCAUGAGAGUGAUGUAUUCUCUUGUGCCUUUAGUUAUGCCGGAGAUGUGAUAUUAACCGCUUCCAAAGAUAAUACAUGUCGUUUAUGGAGAUGAUAUGAUUGGUAUACAGUAGACAUGUUUAAAGACUAAUUAUGAAAUGUCGAUGUUGUUAAGUGUGAAAUGAGUAAAAUUGUUCUUACCUUAAUCUAAACGAUUUCUGUUGUUAGAUUAUCUACAGGAAUUUAAAAAAGAGUGGUUUUCAACAUUUACUACAAACUCGAGCAUAUAUUUUUUUAUAAUCGUUUUUUUUACUUCUCCUUUUUUAUAAUUUACAAAUAGUUUUCUUUUGUUUUGUUUUUUUUUUUUUGUUUUUUUCUUUAGCUUAGGUUUUGGAAAAAAGUGUAAAAUUAUUUUUCACCUUCAAUUAAGUUUUUCUCUUUCUAUUUUGUAGGAAUAUAAGUUGUGGUUUUAAUAAGGCUUACAAUAAAUAGAAAUUAAUUAAUCUUUUAAGAAAAACAGGAAAAAUUUAACCAUUUUUAAUAAAAAGAAAAGUUAACAGACAUUUAAAAGAAAUUAAAAAGACGUAUAAAAACUGUUUCUUAAAAAAUAAAAGUUGGUAAAGAUUUUACAAUAAAAACAAAAACAUGAAUUAUUUAUUAUUGUUAUUAUUAAUACACAAAAAGAAGAACUAGAGUCACGUUACAAAUAAAAAGAAAAACAAAACAUAUUUAAAAUAAACAACUUAAAAAAGAGAUUUCAGUUUAAAAACAAAUAUAUUAAAAAUAAAAUUGAAUUGGAACUCCUUUUAAUUAUUAAUUUGUUUGUAAUAAAUAUGUAAUGUUAUAGUAUUAUAGAAAAAAAAACAAAGCUAGUUCACACAAAAAAACAACAAAUUUAAGAUUAAAAAUUUAAAGUGUGACACAGCUCUUACGAACCUAAACUUGAUUUCGAAGAGUGUUUUUAAUAAUAAAAUAGUUGUUAAUAAUGAAAAUAGAAAAA